AUGACUAUGCUGCUUACAAAGAGAGUGGCUGUAUCUAGCUUGUGCCCCGUGUGUGGAAAAAGUGCAGAAACAAUUUUGCACUCUCUGGUGCAAUGCGACUUGGCUGCUGCUUGCUGGGAGAAGGCAGGGGUGAUCAUUACUGGUGCAGCCGUGAUGUCAUUUCUGGAUUGGUGUAUUAUUGCUUUUAAACAUUCAAGCAAGGAGAAGAAAGACUUAAUUGCUACUGUUUGUUGGGCAAUAUGGGGAGCUAGAAAUGAUAAGGUAUGGCAAAAUAAAAUGUCUACAGCUUCUUUUAUUGUUGCAUUUGCUGGGAGUUACCUUGAACAAUGGAAAUCAACUCAAAGCUCCAACUUGGAGUCAUCUCAAACCGGUUUAGUUGCUGGUGAUGGUGUUGAAAGCUGGUGUGCGCCUCAAAGAAAUCAAGUGAAGGUAAAUGUGGAUGCUUCUUUAUUUGGAGUUGAUCAAGGCUACGGUAUUGGAAUGGUUGCAAGAGAUGACCACGGUUUCUUCCUAGAAGGAGUUACUAAGAGUUUCAGUGGUGUGGUUCGGCCAGAGAUUGCUGAGGCAAUUAGCUUCAGAGAAGCUCUAAGUUGGAUCAAAAAUCAAAGAUGGAACCAAGUUGUGGUGGAGACAGAUUGUUUGAUUGUUGUGCAAGCGCUGCGAAAUUCUUUUGAAAUGCGUUCUUUAUUUGGCUUGAUUAUUAAAGAAUGUAAAUUGUUGCUUGCAGAACUAAGAAAUGUUUCUUUUCAUUUUGUUAAACGUUCAGCGAACGUAGUGGCUCAUACUUUUGCUAGAGCUUCUAGUUUAUAUCCUGGAUGUACUUUCAGUAUGGGGAAUAUCCCAACUGAUCUGUUAUCUUGUUUGGUAGCAGAGUUUGAAGUUUAA